AUGGCCUCAGGAAAGACCCCAACCCCAGACCUGCUGAAGGCUGAGGAGCAGCAGAGCGUGAGCGCUGUCAAUCGAGUCACCAGCCUGCCCUUGCUCAAUUCUGCCUUCAACCUGGUCUCCUCUGCCUACAACCACACCAAGGAGUCCCACCCCUGCCUCGGUGGUGUCUGCAGCGUGGCUGAGACCGUGGCUGCUGUGGCUGUGGGCAGCGUGGUCGGAGGGGCACAGCCCAUCCUGAGCCAGCUCGAGCCACAGAUCGCCCUUGUGAAUGAAUAUGCCUGUAAAGGUCUGGAUCAGCUGGAGGAGAACUUGCCCUUCCUGCAGCAGCCAGCAGACAAGGUAAUCUCAGACACCAAGCAGCUGGUGGCCACCAAAGUGACAUCUGCUAUGGACGCUGCCUGCGAGGCCAAGGAAGCGGUGGCUGGUAAAGUCACUGAAGCUGUGGACCUCACUAAAAAUGUUGUUGGGGACAGUGUCAAGCUGACCAGGUCUGUGGUCACCUCCACUGUCAGCAGUGCUGUGGAGGCUGCCCAGGGGGCCAAGGAGCUGGUGACCAGCAAGGUGACAGAGGCUGUGGAUGUCACCAAGCACAUGGUGGAGGACAGCGUUGACAGGACCAAGUCUGCUGUUGCCUCUAAGAUUGUCAAUGCUGUGGAGGCUGCCCAGGGUGCCAAGGAGCUGGUGACCAGCAAGGUGACAGAGGCUGUGGACCUCAGUAAGCACCUUGUGGAGGACAGUGUGGACAGAACCAAGUCUGCUGUGACUUCCACCAUCACUGCAGCUGUGGGGGCUGCCCAGGGAGCCAAGGAGCUGGUGACCAACAAGGUGACAGAUGCUGUGGACAAGGUCACCAAAGCCGUGGAUGUCACCAAGCACAUGGUGGAGGACAGCGUUGACAUGACCAAGUCUGCAGUUGCUUCCACGAUUGUCAGCGCUGUGGAGGCUGCUCAAGGGGCCAAGGAGCUGGUGACAGACAAGGUGACCAAGGCAGUGGACCUCAGUAAACACAUCGUAGAAGACAGCGUUGACCUGACCAAGUCUGCAGUUGCCUCUACAAUUGUGAAUGCAGUGGAGGCUGCCCAGGGUGCCAAGGAGCUGGUGACCAGCAAGGUGACAGAGGCCGUGGAUGUCACCAAGCACACGGUGGAGGACGGCAUUGACAGGACCAAGUCUGCUGUUGCUUCCACCAUCACUGCAGCUGUUGGGGCUGCCCAGGGGGCCAAGGACCUGGUGGCCAACAAGGUGACCGAAGCAGUGGACCUGACCAAAGGGGCUGUUCAAGACAGCGUUGAGAAAACCAAAUCCGUGGUCACCUCUACGGUCAGUACAGCUCUGGAUGCUGCCUACGGCACCAUCACCAGCAAGAUCAACACAGCCCUGGAGCAGGGCAGGGAGGUUCUCCAGGAGGGCAUGGAGAUGACCAACUCAGUGGUGACCAACAGCAUAAGCAAAGCCAAGGCAGUGAGCCAGGCAGUGGCUGGAGGUGUGGAGUCUGUCCUGGGAAUGUCAGAAGAUCUGGUGGAUCACUACCUCCCAAUGACCGAGGAGGAGCUAGGUAAACUGGCCACCACGGUGCAGGGCUUCGGCGUGGCCUCCGUGGAGGAGCAGAAGAGGCAGCGCAGUUACUUUGUGCGCCUGGGCUCGCUGUCGGGCAGGCUGCGGCACCGAGCCUACCAGCACUCCCUGGCCAAGCUGCAGGGCUUCAGGCACCGCACCCAGGACACCCUGUCACGGCUGCAGCUGGCAAUAAAACUGGUACCAACACGCUUUGCCCUCCUUCCUCCUGUCUGUAGCCUUUCCUGCCCUCCAGCUGGAAGCUCUUCCUCCAUCCCCCACCAGCUCCGUGUCACCUUGGCUCCUUCCCUGGCAGGGAAGCGCUUGUGCCUCUCUGUGUGUGCUUGCAACAACCUUUCCUCUCAUUUUUCCUAUCAGAUUGAAUCUGUGAAACAGGAGGUUGGCCAGAAGCUUCUGGAAGGGCAGGCGAAGCUCCAUCAGCUGUGGGUGGACUGGAGCCUGACGCAGCCCAAAGGGAACCAAGUCAGAACGGCGUGCCAGCCAGAGGUGGAGCCGCGCACCCUGGCCAUGCUGAGGAUCAUCACCCAGCAGCUCCAGCCCGCCUACCACAGCCUCAAGCUCAGCAUCCACGGCCUCCCCAGCAGCAUCCAGGAAGGCGUGUCUCGGGCCACUCGACACAUCCACAAGCUCCACAGCUCUUUCUCCAGGGCUGUGUCCUUCCAGGACCUCUCCAGAGCCACCCUGGCCCGGAGCCAGGAGCGUGUGGCAGAGGCCCGGAGGUCCCUCGAUGUCCUCUUUGAGUAUGUCACUCGCAACAUCCCCCUGAACUGGAUUGUGGGGCCCUUCAGGGCCAUGGCCACGGGGGCACAGGACAGCAGAAAGCACAAGAAAGAAGAGAUGAGGAGUGAUAGAAAAUCACCCAAGCUGGAAAAGGCUCCACGAUCCCAGGAGGUGACAAAGGCACCUGAGGAGCCAAAGGGAACCAACAGGCUCUCAGACAAAUGGUGUGAAGUGCUAGAGAAGCUGGAGGAGAAGGCAGGCAAGGACACAGAGGUGGCCCUGGCUGCAAAGGAGAUAAAAACCAGUGCAGCACAGGAAGAUCUCUGAUUCAAAAUCCCAGCUCUUCUGGCCAAGGCUGCCUGGCUAGAACAGCACUGGAUCUCCUAAUUGUGUGCCCACUUGUGCCAUGAGUGCCUCUUCUCUCUGAAUUUACAGUCAGAUGUAGUUGUAAGGAGGUUUGAUAAACAAGGUGGGGAGAUUCUGAAUCUUGAUUUACUGUUUUUAAAUCCAACUGCUGUGCUGAAAGGGGACCUGCACUGCAGCUUUUAUCUCAGCCCAGCUGUAGCUGUGAGUGGCUAAAUCUUGCUGAGACAAGUUGUGGGAGAGGAGUGAUCUCAACUUAUUUUUAAUGCUGGAUUUGUUUUUAAUUUGCCCAAGCUGUGGAACUCUUGAGAAGAUGCUGUGCUUGACCUUUGAUACCAUCUCCCACCUUCUCCACAUUUAAAAAUACAAGUUCCAGACACAACUUCCUGUGUGCCUGUUGUGCUUCUGGGGAGGCUUGGCCCUGCAGCACAUCUGGCACAGCUGGGGGCAAGGAGCUGCUUCUCAAGAAGAGAUUUCUCUUAUGGAUCAGCCAAACUCUUCUUUCUUUAUGGAGAAGCAGUCAGCAGCAUGGGGUUUUCUUUAACCAUCCUUCCUAUUUCUGUGAAUGACUUCAAGGAUUAUCUGUGAUAAUCAGACUCCAUGUGUGACACACCUCACAGUCAUUAAAUGAGGCAGCUUUUCCCAGGAGUUACUCUGCCACGGGAUUAGGAUAUCCUGUUAUUAAAAUAGGGGGGAUUUUAAUCCAGGUGCUGGUUCUUUCCCAGAAAAUGCUACUUUGUAAUGAUUUCUAAUGUAACUUAGUUUGGUAACUGUUGCUGGCACUGUCCCUGUGCCAGGCUGGUGAGCAGACACUGGAAUAAAGUGUGACCUGUGUUCAAGACCAUGUGGGUUUGUGUGUACCUAAAGCUGCAGGGUUGUGCUCUCCCCUUACCUGAGCUGUGAUGAAGCCUUGUCU